GUGGCGCAACACACAUACAGUAUUUGGCAAUGGAAAGCCUGGAAACCCUUCCUCCCACAGCCCAACAGUGGGGAUCAGGUGUGACGCCUGGGCUUGAUGCUUUAAUCUGGUGUUCACGUUUACCCUGCUGUCUGUCCACGGCCGCGAGGAACCCACCAGGAUCUCCGUUCGUACGGAGACCCACGGCCACAGAAGAGACUGAGACCACUCCAGCGAUCUGCUGAACGAAGGAGCACCCCACCACACCCCCCCCCCCCCCGCCAAGAAUCUAACCCUCUACUGAAGCAGGGCACAAGUUCUCAGUUGACUUUGCGGUUGAAAAAAUUGCUCAGACAUAUUGAUUGUAAUGAAACGUGUAUGAUGACCCCAGGGCUAUGGCCAGUGAACCUCUCGAAGGCUUCCAUGAAGUGAACCUAGCUUCACCCACCACUCCUGAUGUGCAAGGCUUCACAGAGCCCCGCACACCCAAGCACAGCUCCCUGCCCAGCACGCUCUACCGCGCUCCCUCUGUCAAUUCCAGCCCUUGCCCACCGAAUGCCCUUCGAGCCGAACAGUUGCCCACCCAGCCUGUCUACUCUGCCCCCAGACUCCUGGCCACUGAAGAGGCCCAUAAUGGCAGUGUCCCAGGAUCGGACAUCCAGCCUACUGCCUCUGGCCCCGCCUCUUCGGCCAGCUUUGCCCGAGUGGAGGUGGAGUCUGCUGAGGGUGGGGUCCUGAACAGUGAGGAGGGGGAGGAGCUUCUGGGCCUGAACUCUGACAGCUUGUCCCACCUAAGGAGCCCCUCAGUGAUGGAAGUAAGAGAAAAAGGGUAUGAGAGGUUGAAGGAGGAGCUUGCCAAAGCGCAAAGGGAACUUAAGUUAAAAGAUGAAGAAUGUGAAAGGCUAUCUAAAGUAAGGGACCAACUUGGGCAAGAACUGGAAGAACUCACAGCUAGCCUGUUUGAGGAGGCCCAUAAGAUGGUGCGGGAGGCCAACGUGAAGCAGGCAGCUGCGGAGAAGCAACUGAAGGAGGCUCUAGGAAAGAUCGAGGUGCUUCAGGCAGAGGUGGCAGCGCUGAAGACCCUUGUUCUGUCCACCUCUCCCACCUCUCCCUGCAAGGAUCUGCCCCCAGGGCCCAAGGCCCCUUUCAAGAAGGGCCACACCCGCAACAAGAGCACUAGCAGCGCCGUGCUGGGUAGCCAGCAGGAGUUCAGUGUCACUCAGCCCAUCAUUCGCGAUUGCAAGGAGGUGGACAUUUUGCUGUUUAGUGAGUUUAAGGCCUGGAGAGAGGAGCCCACCUUGGAGAGGAGCUCUUCCUUCCUGGAGCGCAUCUACAGAGAGGACAUUUACCCUUGUCUCACCUUCUCCAAGAGUGAGUUGGCGUCGGCCAUCCUGGAGGCAGUGGAGAGGAACACGCUGAGCGUGGAACCAGUGGGCUUCCAGCCACUGCCUGUAGUGAAGGCAUCUGCUGUGGAGUGUGGGGGUCCAAAGAAGUGUGCACUCAGUGGGCAGACCAAGACCUGUAAGCACAGAAUCAAGUUUGGAGACUCUAGCAACUACUAUUACGUAUCGCCCUUCUGUCGUUAUCGGAUCACGUCUGUCUGCAAUUUCUUCACCUACAUCCGUUACAUCCAGCAAGGUCUGGUAAAACAGCAGGAUGCAGAACAGAUGUUUUGGGAGGUCAUGCAGCUGCGGAAGGAAAUGUCUUUUGCAAAACUAGGCUUCUACAAGGACGAUCUGUGAUGUGGGCAUCGCAGGAGGAGUCUUGCCGAUUCUCGUUGAGCCAGGAGUGGCAAUGGACAUGGGAAGCCCUCUACUCACAUCAAUCUGACAGGCAGCAUACCUGGGCACAGAACCCACCUUGCCCCAUCACCUCUGUCCCAAGGAUUACAUUUGCAGGGAUACCCCCCGACCAUUACAUGCGAUUGUUGUAGACUGAACUGCGUCCAGGCUGACAUCCUUCCGUACACAGUUAACGUUCAUGUUUAGAAUGGAGACAAUGCGAGACUGCUGCUGUCUUUCUGAAAACCUAAUGAAAUGCUGAAUGAGUUCUUAAUUUAAAAAAAAAAUAUAUAUGAAAAGUGAUAUAGUUUGCAAUUAAUUCUUUCUCUACAGCAGUGACUAAAAGAGAUUUGAAAGAGAAGACUGUGCUCUGUUGGAUGUUAUUUUAGACUCUACCAAUACAUUUUUUUCAGCUCAUUAGUUCCUAAUCCAAAUUAACUGACAAUAUGUGGCAGUGAAGUUGUGUGUGUACAUAUGACAUGUGCUGUAUGUUUGUUUAACCUCUGCGUGUUCUUAAGGUUUUUUUCCCCCCCUCUCCUUGUCUGCAAUUGAAUCUUAUGAGGCUUGUUUCCUUACUUUAUUUUAGUGCCUUUCUGG